AUGACAAGGAGGAGGAGCAGGAGGAGGAGGAAGUUUGAUGAAAGAAUAAUAAGACAAACGGGAGAAAAUAUAAAUAUUUUGGGUCGAGUUGCAUUUCACUCCAACGGCAGCACCACCAACGGCAGCACCAUUACCAACGGCAGCACCACCAACGGCAGCACCACCAACGGCAGCACCAUUACCAACGGCAGCACCACCAACGGCAGCACCACCAGCGGCAGCACCACCAGCGGCAGCACCAUUACCAGCGGCAGCACCAUUACCUACGGCAGCACCACCAACGGCAGCACCACCAACGGCAGCACCACCAACGGCAGCACCAUUACCAACGGCAGCACCACCAACGGCAGCACCACCAACGGCAGCACCACCAACGGCAGCACCAUUACCAACGGCAGCACCACCAACGGCAGCACCACCAACGGCAGCACCACCAACGGCAGCACCACCAGCGGCAGCACCACCAGCGGCAGCACCAUUACCAGCGGCAGCACCAUUACCAACAGCACCAUUACCAACGGCAGCACCACCAACGGCAGCACCACCAACGGCAGCACCACCAACGGCAGCACCACCAACGGCAGCACCAUUACCAACGGCAGCACCACCAACGGCAGCACCACCAACGGCAGCACCACCAACGGCAGCACCAUUACCAACGGCAGCACCACCAACGGCAGCACCACCAACGGCAGCACCACCAACGGCAGCACCACCAACAGCAGCACCACCAACGGCAGCACCAUUACCAACGGCAGCACCACCAGCGGCAGCACCACCAACGGCAGCACCAUUACCAACGGCAGCACCACCAACGGCAGCACCACCAGCGGCAGCACCACCAACGGCAGCACCACCAACAGCAGCACCACCAACGGCAGCACCAUUACCAACGGCAGCACCACCAACGGCAGCACCACCAGCGGCAGCACCACCAACGGCAGCACCACCAACGGCAGCACCACCAACGGCAGCACCACCAACGGCAGCACCACCAACGGCAGCAGGUCCUAUUAG